GCUUAAUGAAGUUUGAAAAGCCACCUAUCAGACAAUUAAGGUCACCAGUGGCUUGGAUCGAUCGAUGUUAACAAUAUGUAUGAGGUAUAAACACCUGGUUCUAAUGUAUUGUGGAAUCAAACCGUGACGUGACCGAGUUAAGCUGUCAUGGAUGAUCGAUACAGCUCGCUGAUAGUCUGUUUACUGCCUAAGUGGCAUCAUCGACUGACUAACAUCUUGUCCUCUCCACGGGUAGUGGCCGAACCAGCCCAGUGGGUCGUCGUCUGCUUGUCACGUUCUGACUGAACCAGUAAUUAAACACUGACAAGAUGGCUGAAGCCCAGCCCUCAAGACCAACAGAGGGUGAGGGAGACGGGCAGGAAGAGACUCUGCUCUCUGACUCACAGUCAGCUGAUUGGGGGACGACGACAGCGGUCUUACAGAAGAUGGAUGGUGAAAUCACCCCAGGGAUCCUGCAGCAGCAGGACAGCCACGUGUUGCGGGACGAGGGGGACUUCAUCAAGGGGGUGUCACAGUUCUACAACCAGGAGGCGCUCAGUGACGUCAAGCUCAAAGUAGGAAAGGACACCUACUACGCACACAAGUUUGUGUUGGCCAAGUCCAGCGAGGUGUUCCGGGCCAUGUUGUAUGAGAGCAGAUGGACACAACCUAUUAAACCUGAAGUGGAGCUGAACGAAAGCCCAGAGUGCCAGCAACACUUUGACCGAUUCCUCCGCUUCCUGUACACAGCAGAAGUGAACAUCAGCGUGGAAUCGGCAGUUGGAAUCCUGUGUCUUGCAGACAAGUACAGUGUGAUGUCUUUGAAGCAUCUGUGUACACGCUACAUGGUCGACAACACACGAUCGCCCAAGGUCAGGAACGCCUUGAACUGGUACUCCUGGGCCAAGGCUCUCAACAUGGAAGAGCUGAUUGACCAGUGUUCCAAGACGAUAGCAUGGAACAUGGAGACGCUGCUGAUGCUGCCGGAGUGGUACAGCAUGGACAUUGAGUUUGUGUCAGACAUUUUACACAACUCGGAUUUAGUCGUAUCGAGCGAGUUCCAUCUUUACAAAGCUGUGAGGAGCUGGCUACUUCAUGAGAACCAUGUAGGCAACUUUUGUGACUACGCCAAGGAACUCCUUCCUCUGAUCCGCUUCCCACAGAUGCAGGUUGAACAGCUGUAUAAGAUCGAAACUGAUGCUGACCUUGACCUUGAUGACCGUCAGUGUAAAUCACAGCUCAUGGAGCUCGUCAGUCAAGCCUACCGUUACCGAUCUCUCUGUCCUGCACAGUGUGAACUUGAAAUCUCUUUUGAGAAGCCAUAUUUCUUGCCUCGGGAUUACACAGACCUUACCGUGGACACAGUCCGAAUGCAGAACACACUCAGGUUUGGAAUUCAAGUUGAUGUCCGUACGUCCGUUGGUCCAGUGCCCUCUAACAACAAAGAUGGAGAGUGGAAGAUCACGUACAGAAAGAGCAACACAAACAAUGAUGGAUGGACCAUACAGAUCUACUCUCACGAGUCGGCGCUCAUCAAUGGUGAGGCCAGGAUCCAGGCAACACUGGUGAUUUUUGAUGAGGAAGAAAAGGUGAUCCAAGUGGAUAGGUCAGAGACCUAUGUCUGUUCCCGUGGCAACAGCCUCAGUAUGAAUGUGGUGCUCCCAACCUCGGAGGAGGCAAAAGCAAUGGGAGUCAUCAUCAAACAAGUACCAAAAUAGAAAUGGUGUUUCGAAUUACUGAUUGUCCAUUUCAGAAAUAGCAUUACUGGAUAAGUACAUGAGCAAACGUUAAAAUGAUGACCUAUUGACAUCAAUUCUUAUUUUGACCACCGGAAACAGCAGUUUGAAGAUGAAAUUACAGCACAGAAUGUUGGGUCUCUUGAAUGAAUCUGGUUAUUCAUUAUUUCGAUGUUAAAUUUCGAGAUAACCAGGUUCAUGGUAGCUGAACCCUUUGUGUGUCACUGAGCAAUGAUUUGCUUGACUUAUAUACACGGUCUGGGUACAAUAAGUAUCUGUGCAAGUUACAUCAGAACAUCACCUGAAGUUGACAACGUUGCACAGAAUUAUCAUGCACAUGUAUCUAUAUGUACACAUUAUUUAUUUAUAUAUUUAUUGCAGUUCCAGACUGUACAUUUGAUUAAAUGUAACAGUUAUGAUUUUAUUAUACUUUGAAGAUUUGGAGAGGAUUCAUUUCAAGAGUAAUGACUAUGUAAUGACACAUAGUGUCCUUUAAAAAAAUGCAAAUAUUUUUAAAAGUAAUGGUUUUCCAGCCCAAAAUGAUGCAUUUGUAAGAGAUAUAGAUGUAAAUGCUUCAUGGAAGUAUUGAGGUUAUUUAAGGGAUCAAUUUGGAUGAACAAAGGUGGAUAGAUAUGGAUUGAUGUCAAGAUGCCAAGACAUGUUAGGAUGCUAAGAGAUGAUGGCUGUUAGUCGUGCCUGCCUUGAAUCUUGGCAUUAAGGAGAUUCACUUGCAAAAAUUUGCAAAACAACAAAAAUAAAUAUUUUGCCUGUAUUUCCUGAAACUGUAAGAGCAAGUCUUCCAUAGGCACUAAUGUUUAUUGUAAGUGUCGACUAUAUAACAAUGUAUGAAGACUUAUUAGUCUAUAUAUAGCAUGGUUUGUAACAUUCCAAUACUGUAUGCCCUCGUAAACAGUUUGGGGGUCGUAGAUGCCGCAAUGCACAGUGAACAGUUGAGGGCCUUAGACUUGCCAGAAACCUAUGAUUUGUUAUUUUAAUCCAAGGUUUGCACUGAUUAUCUUUGUGAUUAAAUAUUCACAUGGGCAUUUUAAAUGAGCAACUUUGUACUGAAAUAUGGUUCACCCUUGUUUUCUGGACUGUUCUUGAACAUGGCAAACUUCUAUGGUUGUACAUCACCAAAUAUUUAUGAAGUAGUUGGUCCAAACACGGGAUAAAGUUUUAUGCACAUUCCAUGCUUCAUAUGGUGAGAGUUUAUUAUCUUCCAGUAAUUUAUUCGAUAUUGUUAGCACCAUCUGCAUUAUGUAUGUUAAUUAUUCUUGUCAUAUUUUCAAUAUUUGGUCAUUCCACUGAUAAAAGGAGUUUUUUCAUUUUAAGCUGUCACACUAUAAGUAAGACAUCUGCCAUCACAGCUUAUUAAGAUGAAUGUUUUGUUACAAAUCUUGAUUUUGCAGAGAAAGACCUAUGUCUCUGUUUUAACUCAUCCUAAUAAUGGACCAGUUGCUGUGUCUAUCCAUAUGUUGUUUUCUUAUUGAUUAAGGGGCGGUUGGGUAGCCUAGUGGUUAAAGCGUCCGCUUGUCAUGCCAAAGACCUGGGUUCGAUUCCCCACAUGG